AUGGACUUUCUGUGCGCCAUAGAAACCACAAUACAAUGCGGAACCACUCGCAUACAUCUACGAGGCGUUUGCAUCAAUGACGACGAGCCGACGACCACCGCCAGCCAUGUGAUAACCCAAGGACCCGAGAACAAAAUCAAACGACCCACAACAGAGAACCCAACUACGACAUCCUCAACGGAGAACAAAAUCCGAAAACAAACAAUUAUGGCUCCGCAUGGCUCCAACAGAAACCCCUGCUACGACAGAGAGCAAGGAUCAAACACAAGCAACAGAGAACACGAUAACGAGGAUAAAAACAGGAAACAUGAACACGAUGGUUUCCACAGAGACCACAAGCACGAGAAUGGCCACCGAGACCACCAUCACGAGAACACCCACAGCGAGCACGAGCACGACAACAACGGUCACAAACACUCGGACAAGGAUCACGAGUUUAAGGACCACAAUGGAACCGAGGGACAUAUACGCUGCUAG